AUGACCGUCUUUCUAGUAUUUUUAAAUAUCAACGCAGAAGCCGAUGUUUUGACAGGAAAUCCAAGUUUACAUACAAUUGUCUCAGAAAUGCUUGAAGUUGGCGGCGAUUUACGUGAAGAAGCUAGAAUGCUUUGCCUUGAAACAAUGCUCAGAGGAAAUGUCCCAGAUUUUCCAAAAUUUGUCCAACAAAUUUGCUUCAAUCAUGGAAUUCAGCAAGUUCCAUACCUAAUGAGACUUUGUGAUUGCGGAAUGCUUGACAAAGCGCUUGUUAAAUGGUCCAAUUUCGUAAAACCAUUUAGAUUAUAUAAUCCAGACUUUGACAAGAACGGCGAUGAAGCAGCCAUGAGCUACUUAGGAUACGCUCCUCUUUCAAUAAGAUACGUCGAAAGCAUCGUUAAAAAAGAUUUCCCAUCUGUUCAAAAAGUAAUCGGAGAUUCCUUCGAAACAUACCAAAGCGGAACACCACAAGAGAACGGAACAUACAUUGUUUUCUUUGUUGGCGGCUGCACGCACUCCGAACUUAACUCAUUAAGAAGACUCGCGAUCAAAGGACCGGCAAAGUUCUCUGUUUGCACAACAAACAUGUUCUCCUCCAGAGAAUUCUUCGAGUCCAUCGGAUUCGCAAUUCCAGGAUGGAAACCAAUUCACUUAUAA